AUGCAUGAAACCAACAAAAUCAAAGAAUUUGUUCAAAAUAUUAAAAGUAAUACUGAAAAGAAGUUAAAAUGGAUAUCCAUGAAUGUGACAAAUUCAACACCGAAUUUUCCACGAAUGAAUUUUAAUGAACUACAAGAACUAACUCUUGGAGUUUAUCAAUUAAAACAAGCUCGCGCUUACAUUGCCGAGCAUAUGUCUACCGAUGGAGCUUAUUCAGUUAAAAUAGCUAAUCAAAGAAAAAAUCCUUUGAGAGCUCAAGUUCAAUCAAUACACAAAGUUAAUGUCAAAUAUGAUGUCUACAUUCAAUACGAUUCAAAGAAUAUUACUGGCUGGUAUUGUACUUGCCCAAAUGGAAAUAGAGUAAUAGGCUGCUGUGCGCAUAUAGCAUCUAUUAUGUACUAUCUUUCAUUUGGAAGAUAUAAUCCAAAAGAAUUACAACCACGAUCAUCAUUAUAUUAUACAUCAAUAAUCGAUGCCCAAUAUUACUCAGAAAUCUCUGAUGUCGACUCAGAUGUCAGUGAUGAAGAUUCUAAUACUUUAUAUACAUUAGUUUAA